GGAGGAAUGCACGAAAACAACAAGAUGGCGCCGCGGGGGAUGGGCUCCUCGCCUGCGUCCUCAGAGCGGGGAGCGUCCGGAAGGGCGGAGUGGAGCCUGCGGGGCGUAGCCGGCUUCCGCCAUCUUGGGAGGCCGCUGGGACAGGCUCAGGGUGCGGUCGCCGGCGCGCCCAUCACGAGACCCCUGGCCAACAUCCAGGACUCCCUUUGGGCCCUCGCGGCGCCUUUUCUUAAUUUGCAUUGUCAGCUUUGCAUUCGUCCUCUGGGCCUUGUCGUCUUCCUAGGGAAGCGAUUAGAUCAGGGCGAGGCCAACAGCGAGCGGGAAAAAAUGCUGAUCGUGGACCCCGCGGGUGUCUGCUGUGAUAGAGAUGGAACCUGCUGGGAAGUGGACCGCACCCCACCCUUACCCACCCCGGGGCGCUUCGGUACCUCCUCAAUGUAGGGACGGCCAGUGUGGCAGAAUCCAAGCUUGUCUAUUUGGCUUUUGUGAAGAAAAACAAAAAAAGAAAAGAAAGGGAAAUCUGUUUCUGUAUGUAUUAAAACGUAGGAAAUUAGGCAUAAUUGUCUGGUAUCCUGGAAUUGCUGCGAAAGCCUGAAGCCUCCCCUUCCUGCCCAAAUCCGUGUAACUCUACUUGCCCCACCCCGUAGACAUUCCUGACCUGGUGGAAUUUAUUUUCGAUGGGUCUGAGGAUCGCAGAUGUGAGGUUUUGUUGGUUUUUAUAUCUUUUUUAAAUAAGUUAACGCACCUUA